AUGAUUCAGGUCUCCGCUGAUAACAACACUGAUCUAAGCACCUUAGAAGCAAGACGACGUCUUCCGCUCCCCGAUGGAAACACCUGCAACACAAGCCUCGGGAUUGACCACAAUCCUGUCGACGUUUACUGGUGCGACCUCGCGUCAGAAAUUGCAUCCGACCCGGAUGGAGAUAUUGCACAGCACGUUGCACUAGCAAAUACAGCUUUAGCCAGCGGCGACUUUACCGCUCAGGAUAUAAGAUGGUUCUUGCCGAUGAAGCAAAUAAAAAUAUUUCAUCCCCGAAGUAUCGGUAUAGUAUUUUACCGAGAUGCUAUCCUCGCUGUCAAGCAAGAGGUUGAGUACGGUUAUUCAUAUGGGUUGGAUUCACACUGUUUACCCGACCUGAUGAAUUGA